CUCCAUUAAAAGUAAACAAAACCAAAAAAAAAAAAAAACACGACAAGUUAGCGUACGUGUUUCACACGCUUGUUGCUCUUUCUCUGGCUUCAACAGUUAUGCCGGAGAUCGAGAUUGUCGCCGAGGACGGCGACAACCGCAAUAACAACGCCUUGUUCGGAAAAUACGAGCUCGGGAAGCUUCUCGGAUGCGGCGCCUUCGCCAAGGUCUUCCACGCUCGCGACCGCCGCUCCGGCCAGAGCGUCGCCGUCAAGAUCCUAAACAAGAAGAAACUCCUCGCGAAUCCAGCCCUAGCCAACAACAUCAAGCGCGAGAUCUCGAUCAUGCGACGUUUAUCUCAUCCCAACAUCGUCGGGCUUCACGAGGUGAUGGCGACGAAGACGAGGAUCUUCUUCGCGAUGGAGUUUGUUAAAGGAGGAGAGCUGUUCAACAAAAUCUCAAAACACGGACGUCUCAGCGAAGAUCUCAGCCGUAGGUAUUUCCAGCAGCUGAUCGCCGCCGUCGGUUACUGCCACGCGCGCGGCGUUUACCACCGCGAUCUCAAGCCGGAGAAUCUCUUGAUCGACGAGAGCGGGAACCUGAAGGUAUCCGACUUCGGUCUCAGCGCGUUGACGGAUCAUGUCCGACCCGACGGUUUAUUGCAUACCUUGUGCGGCACGCCUGCUUACGUGGCGCCUGAGAUUCUCUCUAAGAAGGGAUAUGACGGCGCUAAGGUCGACGUGUGGUCAUGUGGUAUCGUAUUGUUCGUUCUCGCCGCGGGUUUUUUGCCGUUUAACGAUCCGAAUCUGAUGAACAUGUACAAGAAGAUUUACAAGGGGACGUAUCGGUGCCCUAGAUGGAUGUCUCAAGAUCUGAAAAGGUUCAUCUCUCGUCUUCUUGAUAUCAAUCCUGAGACGAGGAUUACCAUUGAUGAGAUUCUUAAGGAUCCUUGGUUCGUUAAAGGAGGUCUCAAAACGAUCAAGUUUCACGACGAGGUUGAUUUGGAUAACGGUGCCGUGAAGGGCAAGGAAGAUGGAGGAGGAGGAGAAUCUGAAGCGGUUAAGAGCUUAAACGCGUUUGAUUUGAUUUCUUUCUCGUCGGGAUUAGAUCUUUCCGGUUUGUUUGACGGCUGUAGUAAUUCUGUUGGAGAACCGGAGAGGUUCCUCUCGCAGAAGUCGCCGGAGAAACUGGCGGAGGAGGUGGAGGAGUUCGCCAAGGAGGAGAAGCUGAGGGUGAAUAAGAUGAAAAAGGAAGAGUAUGAGCUCGAGAUGGAAGGGCAAAACGGGAAAUUCACGAUCGGAAUAUACAUUUCGCGGCUGAACGAUUUGCUCGUGGUGGUGGAGGCAAGGCGGAGAGGUGGCGAGGUUGAUUGCUACAAGGAAAUGUGGAAUGACAAACUUAGGCUUCAGCUUAUUCGCUUUACCGAUCAAACGCCAAACGCAAGUAUUUAAAAACGUUACCAGAUUUAUCAUGAUGUGCUUUCAAAUCAAACGCCAAAUUACAGCGGUUGGAUUGGCUGGAUUGAUUUGCGUUCAACUAUGUUUUUAGAAUUAUCAUCCAAAAAGGAACAAGGAAAAGUUAACAUAUC